CGCAGCUUCCUCCGCUGAUGUGCGCAAAAGUGAAAGCGGCUACAUGAUGCUGUCUGUCCCCGCUGCUGCUGGAGUCCUUCUACUCUUAGCUUGGAUUUAUCCAAGCGACGGACUCUAUUUCCACAUAGGAGAGACGGAGAAGAAAUGCUUCAUUGAGGAAAUCCCGGAUGAGACCAUGGUCAUCGGAAAGUACAGGACUCAGCUGUGGGACAAACAGACCAGCUCCUUCCUCCCGUCCACCCCCGGCCUCGGCAUGCACGUCGAGAUCAAGGAUCCAGACACGAAGAUCAUCCUUUCUCGUCAGUAUGGGUCGGAUGGACGGUUCACUUUUACCUCCCACACUCCUGGAGAGCAUCAGAUCUGUCUGCACUCCAACUCCACCAAGAUGGCUCUGUUUGCAGGUGGAAAACUGCGAGUGCAUCUGGACAUUCAGGUCGGAGAACAUACCAACAACUAUCCUGAAAUCGCAGCUAAAGACAAACUGACCGAGCUGCAGCUGCGAGUCCGGCAGCUGCUGGACCAAGUGGAGCAGAUCCAGAAGGAGCAAAACUAUCAGAGGUAUCGCGAAGAGCGGUUUCGCAUGACGAGCGAGAGCACCAACCAGCGCGUCCUCUGGUGGUCCAUCGCUCAGACGCUCAUCCUCAUCGUCACCGGCAUUUGGCAGAUGAAGCACCUGAAAAGCUUCUUCGAGGCCAAGAAACUGGUGUAAUGUCCGACUCUGCAGCCACAGCAUCAGGAAACGACACAAGAUGGACUUUACUCACCGGGAGAUGAAGACACGUGGUCCUAACGCCAGCCAUAAAUGGUACUAGCAAACCUACAGAUGCUGUUUUUGAUCCUGGGCGAUGUGUUGUUUUUUUUCCCCUUGUACACAUUUUAGGUUUUCCACAGUAGCACAACAUUCCAGCCGCCGUUCUUGUUGUGUUUUGUUGACAACACUGGACAUGUCAUUUGUCUAUCUUCAAGUGCAGGAAGAAGCAGGUUUCUUGUGAUUAUGUUGAAGCUGUUACAAGUAAGAACCCAGUAGUUUAUUUAAAUUUUUUGUUUUUGUCAUUGUUAGUGUUGCACAUAGUUUGAUUUGUAGGUUUUGUAAAUUCUAACCGCUUUCAGUCGUGUUCACCAAAUGGUCGCACUUAUGCAAAUAUUAUACUGGCCUUGAUUCCUGACAUGUCCAUUGAAUAACACUUGACUUUAACCUUCUGAACCCCAA